UUCCAUGAGAUUGGUCUGGCAAGCUUUGAAUUUGGGUUGGUGGCGAUAAACUGUUAUGCAUAUAAAUUACUUUCAUGCACAACCAAUGCAUACAGAUCUUCUGUGAAAAACAGCUCCAAAAAAUCAAUGCUGGUAUGUGAAAGACCAGGAUGUACUAGGCCGCUGGUGCUCGCCAGUUCACCAAAAGGUAGAGCAGCACUUGUACUGGCACUCUGCUGCAUAUGAGAGUCAUCAUGCAUUUGGAACAUCUCAGCAACCUGGAAAUGGGGUCGGGUACGCCUGAUCUUCACAGAGACCUCUUCUCCAUCAUCUGAGCUAUCUGUCAGGAUGCCGCUACUGUCUACAGGUUUGUAUUCUGAGGCUGAUUGUGUCAGGGAGUCUUCCCCUUCGCUCUCACCUGACAUGCUCAGAAUCCUGUAGGCCUCUUCACUAGAGUACCUUUCGUUGAACAU